ACACAUUUAACCGAUGCACCCGUCGGAAAAAUACAGUACAGCAUGGCUUACGGGGCAGCACAAGUUAGCUAGCGACACUUUCUGAACAAUUAAGCGAAUUAUUCGAACAAAACCUGCGUGUCGGUGCGGCUCCCCGGUAAACUUACCCCACGGAAACAUUUUGGUGAGACAGUUAUCAACCCGCUGCGUUUUUUUAAACGCUAAUUACCCUGGUGACCAAGUGAAGGAGCUCCACGCUCCAGCGUGGCUCGGUACGUUUGACGUUUAAACCUUAACGUCUACUUACGUUGACCGAAACACUUGCAGCACUCCGCCCAAACGGGCCAUAAUGUCGAAGGCGAAGCCUGCAACUAAAGACUCGUCUGCUAAAACGCAACCACACACGUCUCCAGGGGUGAAAUACACGUGUAGAAAGAAAAGGAAACACUGGAUGACAGAGAAGUUCAUAAAGAUCAAACCGCCGCCCGUGAAGAAAGAAAAACCCAAAGUUCAGCAACCAGCACCUCCGAAAGAUGAACUGCAGUUCUCUGCCAACUGGAAGCUGCUGCAAGAGACGCUGAAGGCCAGUCAGCCGGAGAAGAAGCCGCCUGUCGCCCCACAACCUCCGAACGGCGCCGUGCGGAAAAACCCGGGGGCCGGAGAAAAUCACACGAAGCAAGUUUCCAAGAACAGCGUCCGGCCCAAGCAGGCCGCCGGGGGGGCGAAAGCCAAGCACAAACCCGCUCACCCUGACCGCGCUGACCCCAAGGACUCAAAAGUUCCCGAGGCGACGCGUCGUCCCGCGCCCCCGGAAAGGAACCGAGACGGAGGAAAGCCGAGGAGCGAGCCGGGCGCCAAGAAGCCGAAGCCUGCGGCGCCCCAGAAGAAGGCCACAGAGGAGGACAUCUGGUUCGACGACGUGGACCCCGACGACAUUGAGGCGACGGUGGGAGCGGAGGCCGCGGACGUCAUGAGGAGGAAGCAGGGCCUGCGCAGGAACGAGACGGAGAGCUCGCUGGUGAAGGCGGGCGCCUUCGAGGGCCUCACCAGAGCCGUGGCCAUCGAUUGCGAGAUGGUGGGAGUCGGCCCCGAUGGAGAGGAAAGCAUCUUGGCUCGUGUGUCCAUCGUCAACCACUUUGGGAAAUGCAUCUACGACAAAUACGUGAAACCUACCGAGAAGGUGACCGACUACAGGACCUUCGUGAGUGGAAUCCGACCGGCGGACAUUAAAGACGGAGAGGAUUUACAGGUAGUGCAGAAGGAGGUUGCUGAUAUCCUGCAAGGCAGAAUAGUGGUCGGACACGCUCUACACAACGACCUAAAGAUUUUACUUCUGGAUCAUCCAAAGAAGAAAAUCCGAGACACUCAGAAGUACAAACCUUUUAGGAGAGCAGUAAAGAGUGGCCGGCCCGCUCUGAAAGUGCUCUGUAGGGAGAUCCUCAACGUUAAGGUCCAACAGGGUGAACACUCAUCCGUCCAAGACGCACAGGCCACCAUGAGGCUCUACACCAUGGUGAAGAAACACUGGGAAGCGGAGAUUAAAGCCAGUCAUGACAGCAAAGACUCAGCCAAGAAAAAUACCAGGAAGCCGAAGCUUCCAAAGAACAAGCGGCAGAAUCUCAAGGGAUUAUGAAAUCAGAACCCUAUCUCCCAUAUCGCGUUUGGACCAGAGCAGCCGUGAUGGAAACAAUC